AUGGAUAACAUUAAAGAUGAUGAUCUUACUAAUCUAUCUUGGUUAAAAAAAUACUUUAUUCUUUGUCGGUUAGUUGAAUGUUCAAAUAGUCAUAUUGAUGAUGAUCUUCAAUGUCUCUGUUGGAUUAUUAAAAUACGACCAACUUCAUAUUCACUUAAACGACUAUCUGUAACGACGAAUAAAGUUAAGCAUUAUCGUAAUUCUAAUCGUUUAUUAUCAUAUCCCAAUGUUUUUGAUCACUCUCUUAAUACAGUAACGAAUGCAAUGAUUGAUACAGAAAAUUCAGAUACUAAUUCAACAUCACAACGAAUAUUAAUGUUACGAACAUUAAAUAAUCAUUUAUGUCCAAUGAAAACUGAUCAACAAUCAUUUAUUCUUAUGCAUUCAUCAAAUGGCAAAAUUUCAUAUUUAUCAAUUCGUCAUUUCGUCUAA